AGAUUUUGAUCGUGUCCUGGAUGUAGGCUGGACCGGAUCCGUUUGUAGCGUGGAAUGCAAACACUAGAGUCUUGAAGCGGAUUCGAGCAGCGACAGGAAGCCAGUGAAGGGAGCGGAGGAGCGGUGUAGUGUGGGAGAAUGUUGGUAAGUUGAAGACCAGUCGAGCUGCUGCAUUGUGGAUGAUCUGCAGAGGUCGUGAGAAGGAGCUACCACAGAGCUGUCGAGGGUGAUGGUUAGAUCUGUAGUGGGAGAGCCCUUUCAUGGGAGAAAAAGAAACUUGGUCUUGUCGAGAUUGAGUUUCAGGUGAUGGUCAGACAUCCACUGAGAGAUGUUGGUCAGGCAAGUGCUGUAUGCUAUGGCUUAUAUUUACUGUAUAUGUAAUUGGUUGAUGUUUUGCUUCAAAACAGCAAAAGUUCCUUCUUUCUUCCUUCAUAUAGGCCUAGCUAUUUUCUAGUUUUCGCUUUGUUUCUUCUUCUUCUUCUUCAGAAUUCUCUGUUGUGUGUUCUCUGGGGCUGCAGGAUGCUACUCCACAGCGCAACUCCGAGCAAGCCACGCAAGACACUGUAUUGCAGACUUUACAGUAAACACAUGGAGAUAGAAGACGGCUACAGCGUGUACAAAAGCGGGUCAACAAUACAAAUUUGACUCAGAGUCAAGAUGGAGAGACACUCCGACAGAUGUGAAGAUCCAACAACACGACUGGACAGAUCUACUGGACAGUGUGUGCCGUGUAGUAUAAAGCCAGGACAUGAAGUUACACCCAACUGUGGCUAUGAUGACUAUGGAGGGAGACAUGAGUCUGAUUUUAGAGAGUGCAGAGACAACACUUACAAUGAUGGCAGCAGAGCACACUGUCGUCCCUGCACUCCAUGUCCGCCUGGAUACUUCAUUAUAGGCUCCUGCAACUCAACCACUGACACACAGUGCCGAAGCCAGAAGACUCCAGUCACAGAAUCAACAACAUCUCAGCAUGAUGCCACUUUUCCCAGCAAUGCACCAACGACAACAUAUAAUGCGACAUCUACAGGCCAGACAGAUGCUGCUGGUGUACAAUGGGAAGUGCCAGUCAUCCUAAUUUCCAUCUUCCUUGUUCUAUUAUCUGCUUGCAUCAUCUAUAAGAAGUGGACCAGAGGUCGGUGUAGACUGCUGUGUUACAGAAGGAAGUCUUCAAUAAUUGCAGAAGGGUUCUCUGCCCUCUCUGCACCCGCUGGCAACUGUGAUCUGGACGCCAUCCUCAUUCCUGGCAUACAGUCUGCACCUUUACAGACAGUGCUGGACAACCUGGAUGUUUUGGAGGAGCUGGUGAUUUUGUUGGACCCUGACAACCAAAAAGUAAAGAACACCAGACACCUGGCAUCGCACUGGUCCUUCCCCUCCACCCAGAUCAAUUACAUUUACUCUAUGAAGGACAUUAAAAGCCCCCUGAAGGCUGUGCUGGAGGCAGUCGCUAGCAGGCAUCCUGACUGGACAGUCGGCCACCUUGCUACGCUGCUCAGGAAAAUGGAGCGCAAUGAUGCCGUUGCAGUUCUUGCCCAGCUACGGACUGAGACCUUGGCUGUAUAGCCAAGGUCUGGACCCAGACCUGGACCCAAACCUAUAACUAUAAAUGCGACAUAACUGCCAUGUCUUGUUGGAGCAUUUGUAUUUUAAUUAGAUAGCUUUUCCAGCCUUUACGACCAGAGCGCCAGGGCACUCAGCUCAGGAGCAACGCGAGGUUAAGUGUCUUGCCCAAGGACACAUCAGCAUGUAGAAUAGCGGAGCCAGGCAUUGAAUCCACAACCUUUUGAGUUGAAAGACUAUGUGCUAUGCCACUGAGUCACAGCCUUAACAGUGUUUUGUUUAGUUUAACAUUUUCUAUAUUCAUUACUUUUAUUCCCAUUUACUAUUUUAUUACUAUGCAGAGUAUUUUUUCUAUGUUCAUACGUCUAUUGUAAACAUCACUGUAGACUUGUUUAUUAAUGUGUUAGUCUCAUUGUGGUCAGCAGAACAUUCUUAUACAUAUUCACAUUUGUUUCUAGAAAACAUUGUUUUAAUCAAAAAAACAAGAGUAAAUAGAUUUUAGUAAACCAAAAGUACUAAGGUGAGAUUGUUCAAGUCCACAGAAUUCUCUUUAUAUGUGCAUCUAAAGUGCUUUAUUUAUUUUUGAAGGCCUGUUUAAUUCCUUUUUUAAACCUGACAUUAUAGAAGAACUUUUUAUAACCCCAUUUACUUCAAAUUGACAAUAAAAAAUUCAAACCAU